CGCGGGGGAUGUUUUGUGUUGGAGCACAGACAGACGUCACCCGCAUUAUCGACAUCAGCCGCCGCUUAGACUUUGCGAACCUCGUUCGCAUUCGACUCAUGUCAUGUUCCGAAUACUAAACCAAAUGGGUCGCUUUUGGAAUGAAUGUGUUGUUCCUGGAUAACGCGAAGCAAACGUGAAACGGCCAUUCGCUAAGAGGAGCAUCCCUUGCACAUGAAUAACAGCCGUCAAUGCUCCGAUUUAUCUUCCGCACGCCUACAUCAGUAGCGCGGCUCCGACUACGCUCAUUCACAUCACAAGUCCGUGCUGUCUCCUCUAGCAUGGGCUCCUCAAGCUCGCAUCAGUCAAAUCCGUCAUGGAAGGUUGAGAAGUACACGCCCAGCGCCAUGGAAUGGCCAUACACUCAAGGGGACUUUGAACGCGACGACGAGAGCCCGGACUCGGAAUUCUACAGCUCGCCCAAAUUCGUCACACACAUCGACGAGAACGCGGUUGAGAAUCUGUCCAGAUACUACGACCACGUGCUGCCAAAAGAAGGCACGGUGCUGGACUUUUGCAGCAGCUGGGUCAGCCAUUACCCAGACAGGAUCAAGGACGACUCUCGCCUCCGAGUAUUCGGGCUGGGUCUGAAUCAAGCCGAAUUGGACCACAAUCCGUUCUUCGGGCCAGCGGAGGAAAAGAGGAGGUUGGUUCAGGAUCUCAACAUCGACCCGGAUCUAUCUCAGGCCUUCGCUCCGGAUGUCCAGUUUGACGCAAGCACGUGCACUGUUUCUAUAGACUACCUCUCCAAGGCAGUCCAGGUUCUAUCAUCACUACGCAGAAGGACAAAAGAGAACGGCUCUGUUCAUCUUGCGAUCAGCAAUCGCGCCUUUUGGCACAAAGUUGUAAGGCGUUGGAUGGAGGUCAACGAGCGCGGCAGGCUAGAGCUCGUGGGCGACUACUUGUGGUUUUCCGGGUGGAGAGAAGUUGAAAUUGUAACCAUAGUUGAUGUGAAAAGUGACAAUGGGUCUGAAAGAUACUCGCAAAGUUUUAUGGGAAUAAACAGCAGAGAGCAAAGUAAUGAUCCACUAUGGGUGGUGAGGGCAAAGAAUGUGAAGAGCUUAGGCGAGGAGGCAGUCUUGUAAGUGGAUUUCUUUUCUUCAUUUGCAAGUUUUUCAAAGCCCAAGUCGCCUCCUGCACCUUCAACACUUAAGUUCAACCAUGAGCCUUGUUACUUCAGUGGCUAUCUCUCUUUUGCCGCCUCUCGAACUAAGACCAAGGAACGAGAGAGAACGAAUCUACGAUGUUAAAUUCCCGCUACAUCGCCGACGAAUUUUUAUUUCUCUUAUUCUUUUGUUCCAAACACACAUAUAUAUAGGAGAGAUCCUAGGUGAUAAAUCUUGAGCCGAUCCAAG